AUCAUUUAUGCGGCGGUUGUUCUUAAGAGACCUAACCUUGGACCUUUUUACAAUUAAAUUUCCUCUACUUAUAUUUUGACAUAACAAUAUCCCGGAUUUUCAUAUUUGAUUGGCUUGGUUACUCUCAUGUCGAAUUUCUUCAACAACAGAGCUCGCGCCGCAGCUGCGGGGGGCGCUCCCAAGGCAAAAGCUUCAGAUAAAGAGGGUGACACCACGAGAUUACAGCCAUGGGUUGAGAAAUACCGACCGAAAACCCUCGAUGAUGUCGCAUCUCAGGAACAUACCGUGACUGUUCUACAACGCACAUUACAAGCCUCAAAUCUACCACACAUGCUCUUCUACGGCCCACCAGGGACAGGAAAAACCUCCACGAUCCUCGCCCUGGCCAAAUCCCUCUUCGGCCCGCAACUCUACCGCUCCCGCAUCCUGGAACUCAACGCCUCAGAUGAGCGUGGCAUCAGCAUUGUCCGCGAGAAAAUAAAAGACUUCGCAAGAAUGCAACUAUCACACCCGCCCGCCUCAGACAGCGCCUACCGCGAAACAUACCCCUGCCCGCCCUUCAAAAUCAUCAUCCUCGACGAAGCCGACAGUAUGACGCAGGAUGCACAAUCGGCGCUUCGCCGCACGAUGGAAAGGUACAGCCGCAUCACUCGUUUCUGUCUCGUGUGUAAUUAUGUCACGAGGAUCAUUGAUCCGCUGGCGAGUCGGUGUAGCAAAUUCCGCUUCAAGGCAUUGGAUGGCUCCGCGGCGGGGAGCCGGUUGGAGAAAAUUGCGAGAGUGGAAAAAUUGAAACUUGCUGAUGGGUGUGUGGAGACGUUGAUUCGGUGUAGUGAGGGUGAUUUGCGCCGGGCCAUUACGUACUUGCAAAGUGCGGCGAGGCUGGUGGGUUCUGUGGGGGGCAAGGAUGGAGGUGGAGAUGAGGAGAUGACUGAUGUUGGUGCUGGUGAGGAUGGUGUUAUUACUGCGAGAAUCAUUGAGGAAAUUGCUGGAGUCGUUCCGGACGAUAUUAUCGAUCGGUUGAUUAAGGCGCUGCAACCGAAAAAGGGCCGUUCGUCGUAUGAAGAUGUUGCCAAUGUGGUAACCGAUAUUGUGGCGGAUGGCUGGAGUGCGUCGCAGAUUUUAACUCAGCUAUAUCAAAUCAUCGUGUUUGACGACUCUAUACCCGACAUCCAGAAGAAUAGCCUUGUUUUAGUGUUCUCUGAGUUUGAUAAGCGGCUCAUUGACGGGGCGGACGAGCACCUCGCCAUCUUGGACCUGGCGUUGAGAAUAUCAGAGAUAUUAGGGCGGCCUUCAUAACCAUGGCGUUGGCUGCAGUGGUUUAUUGCCUAUACAUACUCUUUAUGAAAAUGCAAGCUAUGAUUCAUGAUCUAUUUUGUUGGAGCGGUUGCGUUACAUCACAGGGAUAACAGUAUUAUUCAUAACAACGGGAAGUUCAUAUAUUCUAUUUUUUCAAGCUUCGCUUUCGUUUUUAACAGUAUGUAUGAUGAAAUGGUCUUCUAUCAACCUUUCGAAUAAAGUAUAAUAAAAUAUCAUUCA